AUGUCGUCGGAGUUGGAAGAAUUGAGGAAGCAGGUGACACAGCUUGAGCAGCUGGUUGCAAAACAGACGAAAGUUUUGAGCAAGACGGGCCAAAGCGUGCUCGAGUUGCAAGUGAGCAACCAGAAAAGGGAUGUUGACAAUUUCGGUCCACCAACAGCUUCAAAGACAGUGGCUAGGGACAAAUUUGACUCCACAGAGUUUGCCACGAACGAUGAUAUCAUUGGGCUCGUUGGUGAGCUGCAAAUCGAAUUGAACCACAUUGAGGAAAGAUCUAUAAGACGCCUCGUCAACGCCACAAAGACCGAGGAAAAGGAUAUACUGGCUCCACUGCCAAAUGCGGAUGGGGACACACCAGACUUUAAAACGUCUUUCUUUCCCAAGACAAUGAAGGAGUUUAUAGAAAUUGAUGAUGUGAACCUUUUCAAGCUAGCUAGAUUUUACGAAUGUCUACCACCUACUAUGAAAGAACAAGACGAUUUGGAGAAGUUUUUGGAUGGGAAGCUAGACAACCUACACGUGAACGAUUUUGAUGAUGCUACCAUCAAGAAAGAGUUGGAAAACUACAAAAAGGAUCAGUUGGAUGAUAUAUUCAACGAAGUGGCUAGGUACAUAGGGUUACGUUCAAGGAGGGGUGACGAUAUCUGGUAG